GAGAGAGAAACACACAGAGAGACACACACAGAGAGAGAGAGAGAGAGAGCUGACGGUCAGUUUGACAGACCUUCAAACCGGAGAUAUUCGUGGCCGGAUGAAACUGGAUUACCCAAUCAGACAAGACCAGCACUCAACCAGAUGAGACGAGCUGAGGUCAUCUGCUCCAACCUACCAUGAAGAUUUGUGUUAUGUGUGUGUGUGUGUGUGUUGUCACAUUAUAGUUCUGAGUAUUUGUGAACAUGUCUGAAAACAUUAGUGUGAGCGUGCGCAUGUUAAAGGUGAAGUAGUGUGGAUGUGAGUGGGAUGUGCUGAUGUUCACCAUGUCUGAGGCCGACGUGAUCAACUGCACCAUCAGCCAUGAAAUCCACCAGUACCUCUUCUCCUGCGUGUAUAUUCUUGUACUAUUGGUUGGUGUUCCCUCCAACUUGUACUCUCUGUACCACGCUGCUCUACAGCUGAAGCAGAAGAAUGAGCUGGGAGUGUAUUUAAUGAACCUCACAGUGUCUGAUCUGUUAUACCUGGCAUCGUUACCACUGUGGCUCCAGUACAUCUUCCAGGAUGAUGACUGGCGUCACAGGGAAUGGUUGUGUCAGUUGUGUGGCUUCCUGCUCUAUGAGAACAUCUACAUCAGCAUUGGCUUCCUGUGUUGUAUCAGUUUGGAUCGUUAUCUGGCUGUGGUCCAUCCCUUAAGGUUCACCUCUCUCCGCUCUAUGAAUGCAGCGUGGCUUGUCAGUGGUAUCAUCUGGCUGAAGGAGAUCGCAGUGGGUGUGGUUUUCUUCCGCCACAAAGAACUGAGCAAAGACCGCAAGAACCAAUCAGUGUGCUUCGAGCACUACCCCAUGCAGCCAUGGGAGUACCCAGUCAACUACUACCGUUUCACCAUUGGCUUCAUGUUCCCACUGGCCAUUCUAUCGAUCAGCUACCUGUGUGUUCUUCGUGCUGUGGGUCGGAGUGCAGGGACUCAGCCGGUUCAGAAGAUAAGGAUCAGACAGUUAGUCAGCAGCACCAUUCUCAUCUUCCUUGUCUGUUUCUCCCCAUACCAUGUCUUCUUGUUAGUGCGCACCUUGCUGGAGCGGGACUGCAGCUUUAUUGCAGGAAUAUUUAACUACUACCACCUGUCGUUGCUGCUGACUACCCUGAACUGCGUGGCCGACCCUGCUCUCUACUGCUUUGUCAGCGAAAGCGCCCGCCGCGGCCUGUACAGAGCCAUAAUCCGACCCUUCGCCAGAGUACUCUGUUGCUGCUGUCGCCGUGGCAACUCAAGCCCCGCCAACCCAGCCACAGAUUCCCAUGAGGUCGCCACCGAUGAGAACAAUGGCCACCCGACUGUGACGCUGCUCACGCACACCAGCAUGCUCAACAAUGUAAAAACAGACCCGGCCAGUAAAAGCACAAUUUUAAUCACACAGACUGAUGAAAAAACCAUCAUACCCUUAAUCGUACAAAAUAACAAACACUGACAAAUGUGUGGACAGUGAUGGGAAAUCCAGCUGUGUGAUGAUAGCCGUGGAGGAGCAGAGCCAAAGGACAGAGACUGACAACUAAAAUAAUCCCGGAACCAAUCAGAAACCAUGCUACCAGAGGCCUCAGGGCAGCACAUCCCUUACUUCAGCUUAGUCUGACAAUCAGACCAUUCUGAGAAUCAGAUUCAGUUAGAUAAGAGUGAGCGGAGAACGCACAAUCAACCACCCACAACUAACCUGCCUUUAAGGCUCAAUCUGGCAGUGGCCCUAAUGAGAGCCUGCUCCCCACCCAGCUGUGUGCACAUGAUUAUUAUCCACUGGAACUGGAGUGAAAACAUUUUCUUUUCUCUCUCUCAAGUGAUAUCUGUGAGCUCUGGAUACAGCAGCUGCCACUGUGUCAGAGUUCAGCAUCAAUCUGGCUUCUGUUUUGUCACUGUCAAUGUCUGGUUUACAUUUCGGUGUAGACAUGGGAGCAAACUGGAGGUUGGGUAUAAUUAUUCACCUGUGAUGAACACUGCCAGAAAAACCUGCAUUUGGAUCCUGAAGCCUUGGAGGGGAAUUUGCCAGUAUUUAACAGUGUUAUGGUAACACUUUAUAAUAAGGCAAUGGCUUUAUUAAUGGUUAAUAAAUUAUUUAACGUUUAUUAGUUAUUAUCAGUUACAACUUUUCUAAAAUAAAGGUUGACCCAGUGUUCCUGAUGUCAGUGAACUCUAUCUAAGUAGAAUCAUUUUGGAAUAUGUACAGUGCAUGGCUUCAAAUCAAGCAUUCAGACCACUUCACUUUCUGCAAGUAUUGUGUUGUAGAUUUAAUGUUGAAUGGAUAAAAUAAUCAUUUUGCCCAUCAAUCUAUACCCAAUAACCCAUAAUGACAAAAUCAGACAGAAAUCUGAAAACUGGAAUCCUCCAUUUAUAGUAUAAUGUUCAGAUCCUUUUCUUUAGCACUCAAAAUAGUGGUCAUGAACAGUUUGGAUAGUUUACACACGCAACUGUGUGUAUAAGGUCCUACAGUUAACCCUGCAUGUCAGGACACAACCAAGUCAUGAAGUCUGCAAUAAAUUGUGGUUUUAGACAGUAUCAAACUAUUUCUAAAGCUGAGCGUUCCCAGAGGCACUGCGGCCUACAAUAAUUGUGAAACUGAAGAAGUUUAGAACCGGAGGGCCAGAAAGGUGACAAAGUUACUAACAACAGUUACUCUAACAGAGUUUCAAAAGUCCUCUGCAGAGAUGGCAGAACCUGCUGGAAGGACAACCAUUCCAUUCUCUCUGAGUAAAAGACAGCCUGCAUGAAGUUUGCCAAAUUUAAAUAAAUCAUAUGAUAUAAAUUUAAAUUUAAAGAAUUCUGAAAUCACAAGGAAAAACAUUUUCUGGUCUGAUGAGACAUAAAUUGAACUGUCUGGGCAGAACUCCAAGUACUAUGUGUGAAGAACAGCAGGCACCUGGCUAAUACCAUACCUAUAUGGUGAAGCAUGAUGGUGGCAGCAUCAUGUUGCAGCGGUGCUGCUCAGUGGCAGGGACAGGGGGACUGGUCAGAAUUGAAGGAAGGAUGAAUGCAGCCAAACACAGAGAAGUCCUUGAAGAAAACCUGCAACCAGCAUGCAAGACCUAAGACAGGGGCCAUGGGCCACCCUUCACCAUAACAAUGACCUGAAGCAUAUAGCUAAGGAAAAACUACAAAGCACUGAAUUAAGGAUCUGGAUACUUUUGUAAGUGAGAAUUAGAUUAAGAAUUACAUUUAAUUAAUUUAAAAUUAAAUUGGCACAACUUGUUUUCACUUUCUCAUUUUGGCUUAUUAAGUGUAUAUUGGUUGAUCUACAGCACAAUAUGUGUGCAAAAAGAGAAGGGAUUUGAAUACUUUCUGAUGCCAAUAUAUACUUUUAUGCUUAUAUUGCUGGGAAACAGUCAUCUUUUAAAGAUGCUAUUUAGCUUGUAUUUAUAAUGAUGUAUCUAUAGACAGAAACUCUUUAAUAGUGAGAGUAACAAAUGAGUUUAUUUUCUGGCUUAAUCUAUACACAAUUCUUUCUGACCCUGAAAAAAGACUGCAAGACUUUUACAGUAUUUUUUUGCCCUAUGAAAUAAAGUAACAGCUCAGAAAAAAUCUAAUAAAAGCUUUAUUUGAAGUGGACAAUUGCAGCUGUAUUAUCACGAACACAUUGUGCUCAGUUAGAAGGUCAAAUACUUUUGAUGCACCUGUACAGUUACUGACAAAGUAAAUUUAAUUCUCAGUUAUGUCUGUUACACAGAGAUGUUAAGGGUGUAUUUCAUUGCUAAUGAACUUUUCUAAGAGGAAGAUUGUUGUUUUGUUAAAAGCUAAGGAGUCUGAAUCCUAACUAGAAACAAUACCUUAAAUUUGUGUUACUGUUUUGGAUAAAUUUCCAUGAUGGUGACACUGAAUGCAAAUGGUUGCGCAGUAUAUGAUGGGCUUUGAAAAGGACAGUCUGUGGUUUUUAACGUUGGCAUGCAUCUGCUUUCCUUCCUCUGUCCAGACCUGCUUCUGUACUAUAAAAGGAUUAAUAUCAGGAAAACAACCUCCAGUGUUUACAUGUUGCUAUAUGCAUGCAUAUGAAUGGCACUAUAUUGUUAUGGACAUAAUUUCCAACAUAUUAAAUUGAAACUGCUACAUAGAUAAUAUUAUUGUUGAAACUUCAGUUGUUAUGGAACUGUUAACAUUUUGGUCAGAGCAUUGUGUCAUGAUGAUAAAUGUUCAAAUGAUAUAUCUUCACAGUGAUGAAUGUGACAGAGUAUUUUUAUAAAAGUUUGAAAUGCUAA